GGAGCAUGGGGAGGUUCAUCUCGAUUGUUAAAUAUUUCACCUCGGUCUUUUACCAGUGCAUUCAGGAAAUAAUAGUAUAAUCAUUUUUAAGAACUUCUCUACGAUCACUCAGGGAAAGAAGAAGAACCUGACAUUGAUGCUUUUGCUGAUUGUUACCAAUAGAAAGCACUGAACAGUUCCCAAAACCUCUCAAUGAUGAUUUCCACGGCCAUAAAAUCCAUGUUGAAGGAGGCAGAUAAUGAGGGAUGCCUGAUACCCCUUUCUAGUCUGAAUGACAACUCAGGCAAACUGAGUCUCCUCUCAGUCAUUGUCAAGAUCAGGCCCAGAAAGGAAUGGUUCUGGCAGAAACCCAAAUACCGAUCUAGAGGCUUUACCCUCAGUGAUGUGCUGGAACCUGGAGUCGCCGAAGACCCACCAUUAACCCCAUCUUUCAAGAACACUGACUUUGUGGAUUACAAAGGGAUAUUUGGUGACAAAAUGAAAGCAGACGGAACGGUGGAUGGGUUGGUUGCCAGUUUCAAUUUUAACCUGGGCGUGGACUGCUGUUAUGAACGAGAGACAUCUUUUGGCAGACUGAAGAAAGAAGAAGUAGAGGUGAAGAAGAUAGUACAACAUUCAAAGGACAAACUUCUGAACAUGACCCACCCUUGGAUCCGGCAGGCCUGUGCAAAGCCCAGAGCAGUUUUAUGCAUCUUGACAGAGAGGAUUAUGACAACAGACGCUUGCCACUUCAAAUUCAAUGUUAAGAAAAUCGGCGAUAUAGGAGCCAAAGAGUGCCUCCCAUCAAACCCAAGCACCACUGUGAAGACAUCUAUGAGUCAGAAAGUCCAUAAGGAGAAAGACGGAAAAGUGGAUCUGAAGAUUCCUGAACAUACUGUCAUUGCCUUUGGUGUGAUUGAACUCAAGGUCCAACGCAAUGGAAAGUUUGUCCUGUGCCUCUUAUCUAACAAAGGGGGCUUUGAAAAAGAGUCAGAUACUGGAUUUGAACAUGAUGCAGUUAUGGGAGCUAACAACCCCUUGAAUCUGAGCAACGAACUAGAGAAACUGAGUGAUCACUUCCAGCUGCUGUCAGUUCUGCCGACUGAGACACGCUCCAACCUGCUUCAGCUCCUCAGAAACACAAUGAAGAACAGAGAGGAAGUCAGUGUUCUGGAGAGUGUGCUGGAUCAGAUGUGUGACGGUGAGACUCCAGACCUGGGUGAUCUGAGAGAGUCAGUGAGGAAGACCGUCCAGGCCGUAGUGGAUCUUGUGGAUCAAAUCGUCGGGGAUGACAAAGAGUUCAGAUCCUCACUUCUCAGUGCCGUCCACCUCAUUGUCAGCGCCAUGGACGAAAUGACAGAUGCAGGACUCUCAGAGUUGGAAUCCUGUUGCAGUCCUCCAGUCUUAGAGGCCCUACAGAUCCUGGUCCAGUGUGUGGCAGCAGGGAGUGGAGAGACCCUCUCUCUGACAGAUGCAGGUCUGACUGUUCUGACUGAGGAGGAGGUGUAUGGAAAAGCACAGAGUCUCUUUGACCUCUCUAACGUGAUACUGAAGAGAGAGGAGGACACACUGAAGACAGAGAUGAAGGACCAGCCUGGAAACCUUCCUCUUGUUAUGAGUAUUGCUGUGAAAGGUCUGGCCUCUUUAGUGUAGAGAGAAAAGAGUAUGUUAGGCUGGGAAUCCCUAACCAGCCCCUAGCACCUAUUGAGUUGCUCUGAGUGCCCUCCAUUUUCACGUGUUGCUGUAGAAACUCAAAUGAUCACAUCCAGAGAUCAACUAACCCAUCAACUUCAGCACAAAAUCAUGAUUUAAAUAAUGAAUUUCAUUGUCCACUUAUAAAUAUUAGAACAAGCAUUACAUUUAAAUGUACAACCUUCUGUUUUUUUAGAGGAAAUCAACCUUAGUAACAGUUAAUACUUUUUAUAUAGGGCAUUAUUUAAUCUUAUAUUGGUUUCAAAUUUUAAAACCUGAAUAAAUGUCAUGUACAGUAAUUACACACACCUACCUAUUAUUUUGUGUGAAAUUGUGAUAGCUCAAAAAGAAAAAUGAACGCUCACUUGAAGGGAUCAUUGGAGGAUGUAAUCAGCCCCUACAUGCUCAUUCAUUUACCUUACGAACAUGCAAAUGGAGGGCCGAAAGGGAUGGGAUGGGGUUUACUUGGUAUUUCGUCACAUAUUAUAUCAAAAACAAAAAGUGUAUUAUACAGCUCUGGAAAGAAGAGACCACUCCUAAUUUUUCUUAAAUCA